AUGAGCCUGACGGAUGGUUGUCAACGUGCUACUGGGUUAGAGUAUCGACACAUACCUGCUCUCAAAACGGGGAUGCCAGCUGGAACCAAAAUAGCUGUGACAGAUGUGUACGUUCACCGGGGAGUGUUGCUCAUUUGUCCACAGAACAUCGAGGUCUUGGGAGGAAAGGUUGACCGACUUGCGCAUGCCCAACAGGCUACUGUUGGCAAAUGGUCCACACCUCCAGGGAGCAGACGAAAAAAGGGUGUCCAGGAACGCCUGGACCUCUACAAGGAAGCACGACAAGAAGCAUGGGCAUGGGAGGAACAGACUCAGCAAACCCAGGGCACUCCAAGUACCCCUUGGACAAUAUCAGGCCCAACACCUAACGAUCAGCACCGACAACCUGUGGCUGCACAUGAAGCACCAGGCAAUGUGUGCAGCUCAAUGGCUCUAGGGAAUGGAAUGUCCCAGUCAACAACUUGUGCCCACAGCCCAGUCAAUGCCAAUCAACGUGGAGCCGGGGCCCAGGGAAGCUACAGCAUGGACUGUGGCAGGUCUGACGGGCUUGAGUCUGUUCAAUGCCCUCCAAGCGCAACAGGGUGGGCGACCCCGUUCUCUGAACCACAGCAUGGGCGCCAUGUGCAAGGAGAGGUCUCAUCUGCACAGUUUGGGAAUUGUAUUGAAGACAAGCUCCAACAAGGCUGUGGUACUUCUGCGAUCAACUCUGGGACAGCAGCAUGCGGCCGUGGUGCUGCUGUGCCUUGCCACCAUUCCCGGUGUGAGGAUCUGGGUCCAUCGUUUGUGGCUGCAUCGACACUGAGAAGCAGGAACACAACUCCGAUGUUCUCCACAGCUUCUGUAUCUGCCUCUGCAGAGGAAGCAGACAAGAGGGAUGGAGCCCAUGAUGGGUACAGCACACCACACCAGUGGCCUGCUUCAAUGCCACCACCAGCUCCCAGGAUGCCCAUGCUGUGCGCAGAGACCACAAUGAGGGAUUGGAGCACUCCUGCCGAGGGCCAUGCCCCAGGCACUAUGAGAGGCUGCCAGUCUGCAAAUCCUGGUGCAGGCACAUCGUCCAAUGUCCCUUCAAUGCCAAGCCCUGACCCCUCUGGGGUGUUAGUGCAACAGCGAACGAGCCAAGGGCAUCAGGGGGCAAGCUGCAGAAAACCAUCUCUCAAACUGUUCAAGAGGCCACGCUUGAAUUGUCAAGACCAUGUUGCCCCAGAUGCAGCCCAACUGGUUCAGGGUCAGGACCAAUCCGCACUUGAAGACCCAGGCUGUGGGGAUGACGAUAUGGAAAGCCUUGUAUCGACAGAAACCGACAGUGCUGAGAUGGAGCCAGCUACCAGGACUCGUCGGAGCAGGGCCUGUGUUUUCUUCGAUUCUGACGAUGAGGACGUGCUGCAGCCUGAGGUUAAGCCACAGGGAUACUGUGAUGCCUCAGACCAUGAAACCCGUGGGGGGAAUGUGAUAGAAAUAGACUUGAGCCCAUAG